AUGUUUAGAGCUGCACAGCGUGGAAGUGGUUUACCUCCUCCUAAACCAUCAGCUGUAUGGUGGUGUAAUGGUUGUCGUCGAACGAAUCCUGGCCGGCGCUUCCAAUGUACAGUAUGCAAAUAUGGCAAUACUUAUGAUCUUUGUGCUCAAUGUGUCUCAAGAGCCGGAACACUACAUCCACGACAUCCUUUAUGGAAGUACGAUGACACUGAUAAUGCUAGCACUAUUCAUACUAUAUCAUGA